AUGCAUUUUAUUGGGAAUGAAAAAAAUGUGAAUAACACGGGACUAAUAUAUACAACACUUGAAAUAAUAAAGCUUAAUGAUCUUAUAAAAUUUGCAAAAUCAGAAAAGAAAAAUGGAAAUGAUGAAAUUUGUUACUUAAAAUAUUUUAGUAAAAACAAAAAAUUGAAUAACCUCGAAAAAAUUUUAAAUAAUAAUAUAGUUAAUAGUCAAGUUAUUUUAACAAAUUUCACAGAAAAUAAUAAGGACUUUAUAAAUACUGAAUAUAUAUAUGGAAAUGUUGUAAAAAAUAAAACUUCAUAUCUUAUGAGAAAAGUUUAUUUAUCUACUUUUUUUACAAGUGAUUAUAUAAAUAAUAUUUGUAAGGAAUAUAAGCAAGUUCUUAUUAAUUGCGAUUCAAAAUAUCAUAAUAAGAUAUAUAUUGACAACAAUUAUAUAUACUUUUGUAUUAAUGAUUUAACAAAAUUAAGCUUAAUAACACAUACAAAUUUAUAUAAAGAUAAACAUGGACUUUCAAAUGUAAUUAUGAUCGAUUUAAACAAUUCUGUAGAAAUUGAUGAGAAAAAUAAAUGGACAUAUAAUCAAGAUGAUGGAAAUGUUAAAGAUUCUGAAAAAAAAAAAAAAAAAAAAAAAAAAAUUAAUCAUAUCUAUGAAAAGGUGAGUAAGACAAAUGAAAACAACAACAAAGAUUCAGAAAAUUACAAAAUAUAUAAUCUAAAAUAUAAAAUGAGAGAAAUAUAUAAAACUUUUUUUUCUGAAUUUAACACAUAUCCAGUAAAUUUAAUAGGUACAUAUGAUAAUAAUAAUAAUAAUAAUAAUAAUGGUUUUGUAAAUAAAUUAAAUAAUAUUUUUUUAAAAAAUAAAAAUAAAGAUGCAAAAAUUUAUCCAAUACAUCUUGAAUAUCAUGAAACAACAUAUAAAGGAAAUAGUGAUGACAUAUCAUUAAAUAAUAGUAUUUAUCAGGGAAAUUAUUUGAGUAAUUCAUCUAUUAAUAAUAAUACAAAUAUAAAUAUAUUAAAUCAGUUAAAUACAGUUACAGAUAUAUAUAAAGAUAUUUUUAGCACAUGUAAUUUAUCCAAUAGUUUAACAACAUCUUUUGAGUAUAAUAUGGAAAAUGAAAUUGAUAAAAGUACAAAUUUAUCUUUUUCAAAAAAUCAAAAAUCAAAUAAUUUUUAUUACGAACUAGAUAUAGAUUUCAUACAUAAUAAUUUAUUUUCUUUGUGGGAAAAAAACAAAAUCACAAAUAACAAAUUCAAUGAAUCAUUCAACUACCCAAUUAUCAGAGAUGAUAUAUAUUAUCCACAAAACCAAUCAAAUCAUAACACACAAAAAAAUACUAAUAUAAAUAAUCAUAAUAAUAUAAAUGAUGGAAAAACACAAAAUAGUAUAGGAAAAAAAGGAAAUAUGCAUUAUAUAAAUAAUAAAACGUUUUAUAUAAAUACAAAUUUCUCUGAUAGCAGUGAUGAUAGUUUAUUGGAAUUUUCCAAAAUUAAAAGAGAGGAAAGGAAUAAUAACAAACAAAUUAAAAAUCAUAAACAAGUAUAUUCAAACGGACUAAUAAAUAACCAAAGAAAUACAUAUAAUAAUGAUAAUAUAUUAAAUGACAAAAAUGAUCAAAACUUUGAAAAUGCAAAAUACUCAAACAAUCGAAAGCAUUCAAUUGAUUUGGGGAAAAAACAAUAUUCUGAAUUGAUUCAAGAAUAUAAAAAUAGAAAAGUUCAAAAAAUUUUGGAUUUUUUGCGAACAUAUCGAGAUCAGUAUUUUAUAAAUGAUGAAAUAUUUUUAGAAAAAGAAUCUUUAUUAAAAAUCAUGGAUUAUAAUACAAACAAAACUGACCUAAGCAAUAUAAUCAAUUCAAAAAUGGACGAAAAAAAGGAAGAAUUUUUUUUUGAUGAAUUUAUUAAUUAUUUAGUUGAAUAUAUAGGGAAAAUCCACUUUGAUAUAAAAAUAAAAUUUAAGGAUAAAUCUAAAAUUUUUCUUAAAGAAAAACAAAAUAAAAAUCCAAUACAAAAAAUUAUUUUAAAUAAUGGGUUAAUAAAUAGUUCUAACAUAUCCAAUAUUUUUAAUUUCUUAUUAAAUCAACUGUUAAAAAAAGAUAAUAUACAAACCAUCAGCAAACUGCACUAUGCUAUAUCUAUGCAUAGAUACGAAUAUAAUUUUGUUAAUUCUGAUAAAAAUUUUAAAGAAAUGUCUACCCAACCAUCUCUUCAUUUGUUUAUGAUUUCAUCAAAUGGGUUUCUUUAUUUAAUUCUUACGGAUACGCGUAAUCGAAUUAGCUAA